AUGGUGUGUGAAGAACAUCAGUCAGACCGUUUGGUUGAAGAAGUUCAAAAUGUGUGGGACAAGUUAGCUAUUCCUGAGCAAACUGUGACUUUAAAAGCUACUGAGCAGGUUGAUACCGAUGCAGAUGAGGCGUGGUUAAUUCAAGCCAAUGUUCAAUUCUGCUCAUCAGCUUAUCAAGCUGUUGAGGUGUCACAUCCAGAUGCUGCACCGCUGAUGGUACUGGCAGCGUACUUGCGUAAUGGUUUCUUACACAGUGCAAUUCGUGAAAAAGGUGGGGCUUAUGGUGGUGGCGCAAGCUAUGACGGCAAUGCAUGUUCAUUCCGCUUCUAUAGCUAUCGUGACCCGCGUUUGGCUGAAACCUUCAAUGACUUUGAAGCCAGUGUGCAAUGGUUGCUAAAUACUGAGCAAAAACCACAUCAGCUUGAAGAAGCAAUUUUAGGUUUGAUUGCGGGUAUGGACAAACCAGGUUCACCAGCGGGUGAAGCGAUUACGGCAUGUUAUGCACUUUUACAUGCACGUACACCAGCCUUCCGUAAGCAGUUACGUAGCCGUCUUUUGGCUGUGGGUUUAGAGGACUUGCAACGUGUGGCGGUACAAUACUUGCUUGAACAAAAACCAACGAAAGCCGUGGUUGCACCUAUGGCGAAGCAUAAAAAUGAAUAUCCACAAAGUCCAAAUCCGACCAAUACGGUGGAUGAAGAUCAGAACCUAAAGUCAAUGGAAGCGAAAUUCCAACUGUCUUUAAAAACCAAAGCGGUGGAAAACCUAUUUGGGGACAAUGGUGAUGUUUGGUUGGGUUAUACCCAGUCUUCUCGUUGGCAGCUUUAUAAUAGUGAUGAAUCACGUCCGUUCCGUGAAACGAACUAUGAGCCUGAAGCCAGUUUGGUUUUCCGCACCAAUUAUGAAUUGUUGGGUUUAAAUGGUCGCUUACUGGGAUUAACUUUCAAUCACCAGUCUAAUGGUCGUUCCGAUCCGCUGUCGCGUAGUUGGAACCGUGUCAUGUUGAAUGUGGGUUUUGAAAGAGACAACUUUGCGCUCAUGCUGCGCCCUUGGUACCGUCUAGAUGAAGAUGCAGAUGAUGAUAAUAACCCUGAUAUUAAGGAUUAUGUCGGACGGGGGAAGUUGCGUGGCCAUUUCCAGUUGUUUGAUGGUUAUGGCGAAAGUUUAAUUGAUUAUAACCACCGAGCGACUUAUGUGGGCUUGGGCGUGUCUUUAAUGAAUUGGUACUAA